AUUAUUUCUUCAGCUUGGCUUCAAAUCCCAUUUGAAGAAAUGAGAAAAGUUGUAUGAUCAAUGGCAUUCAAGCAGAAAAAAAGAGUGAAAAGGGCCAAAACAAAAUGCAUGAAGUUAAACUGCAGCAAAACUCCGACGAAAUCAUCGUCAUAUAUCGAUAUCGAUAUCGGCACCACCAAAGAUGAAAAUAUUAAGAUAAAUACACCUCCAAGUUCUCCUUCAAAAUUAAAUGUAUUCAUACCGAAAACUCCAGAUGAUUUUGAGCCACAUUCUUUGUCAAUGCUUGAAUCUCUUCCAUUGGAUAUAUUGGUUAAAAUUUUGUGUUAUUUGCAUCAUGAUGAAUUGAGAGCAGUGUUUCAUGUUUCCCGGAAAAUUCAAAGAGCUGUGGUGUUAGCAAGGCAAAGCUACUUUAACUACACAACACCAGACCGGUCAAGGCAAGAGAUGCUACUAACAAAGACACCUUUGCCAAAUGAGCAUUGGCCUUUUCUAAGCAAAGAUGAAGGAGGAAAUGAGGCCAAGAAGAUAAUCCCACAAACUCCCAAAGCACCAAAACCUGCCCCUCGGAAUCACAAGUCAAAUUCAAUGGAGACCAAGCAAGUGGCAGCUAUUCUUUUUCAAGAGCCCUCAAAUCCUCCAAACAAUGCUCCACAAAAGAAAGUGCCAAGACUUGUUUGCAAGCCAAUCAAUUCCAGCAGAGUUUUACUUUAUGAAGAUGAGUUAUGCCAAGCUGUUGCACAAAACAAACUCAAAUAGUUUUAUGGCCUUUUCCUUUCCUUUCUUUUUUU